AUGAGCCGCUCCCAGGUGUACUUUGACGUUUCUAUUGGAGGUGAAACCGCAGGUCGUAUUGUCUUCGAGCUUUUCAAUGACAUUGUUCCGAAGACGGCUGAGAACUUCAGAGCACUUGCGACCGGAGAACCAGGCUUUGGUUACCAGGGAUCUAUUUUCCAUCGGGUGAUCAAAAGUUUUAUGAUCCAGGGUGGAGAUUUCACUAAUUUUGAUGGCACGGGCGGCAAGUCAAUAUAUGGUGAAAAGUUCGAAGACGAGAAUUUCGAACUAAAGCAUGACAAGCCAUUCUUGCUUUCCAUGGCCAAUGCUGGAAAAAAUACCAAUGGCUCUCAAUUUUUUAUCACCACAGUUCCAACACCGCACCUAGAUGGUAAGCAUGUAGUGUUUGGUAAGGUGAUAGCAGGAAAAUCUGUGGUUAGAAUGAUUGAAAACACUGAAACAGACUCUGGGGACAAACCUAAACUCGAAUGUAAAAUCGAGGCAUGUGGAGAGCUCAAGCCUGGCGAACCAUUGAAACUUGAUGAUGGCACGGGUGAUCCUUAUGAUGAGUUCUUAGAGGACGAGGAAUCGAUUGAUAUUAAUAACCCUGAAUCCGUUUUCAAAGCUAUUGAGGAUAUCAAGGCUAUUGGCACCAAAUUCUUCAAACAAGGAGAUACGAAUAUUGCAUUCAAAAAGUACAAAAAAGCAGUCUCCUAUCUCGAGUCGUACUUCCCAGAUGAUCUGCCUGAAUCCGAGAUUGAAAAGCUGAACAAACUAAAAUGUUCCUGUUAUUUGAACGCUUCUCUAGCUGCAUUGAAAUUAAAAAAGGUUCAGGAAUGUAUCAAGUAUUCUACCGAAGCGUUUGAGGCAGAGAAUGCUGACAAUCAAUCCAAAGCCAAAGCUCUAUUCCGUCGUGGAAGCGCAAAACUGAUUGGCCACAACCAAGAGGAUGCUAUUGCUGAUUUCGAAGAAGCAAGUAAACUUGCACCAGAGGAUGGGGCUAUAAAGAAGGCUAUUGCGGAUGCAAAGAAGAGUUUGAAAGAAAGGCUAGCCAAGGAAAGGGCUGCAUACAGCAAGUUCUUCAAAUAA